AUGAUCGGAUCUCGUCUCUGCAUCCAACCAAUCACCGCCGUCACCUCCCUCACCGCCGAUCACACAAAUGCCGCCACCUCCCGCUCCGUCUCUCACUCCAUCUCCUUCGAUUUCUCCCCCAUUCACCUCCCUCUCCUCCGCUCCCGUCGCUUCCGCUUCCCUAAACCCAAAUCCUUCCUCAUUUCCUGUAAUUCAUCUCCCAUCAGAUCCACUUCCGGCGACCACCACCACAACAACAACGACACCGAUUUUCUCGAAGCUUCUCUCCUUCUCUCAGAAACAAUAACACACUAUGGUAUGUGGAGACACCGUUUUCAAGAUGACUUACAGUGGAAAUCACCCAUCUCAUCAUUUCCACAACACACCUCAAGAACGGAUAGUAGUUUAUUAAGACAAGAUCUUCUACAGACUUUUCAGAAUCCCACCAUUUUUCUCAAGAUUUCUUGUGAUGGGGACUAUGUUCUGCCCAUUGUUGUAGGAAAGGUUGCUAUUGAAAAGCUUAUAGACGCGGAAGUUGAAGAAGAAAGUGAGGAUUUUCCGGACCAGUUCCAGUUUGUGAAAAAUCUAGUUGAAAGACUAGACCAUGAAGUGGUAAUGGUGAGAAUUACAGAGAGAGUAGUCAGUACUUACUUUGCCAGAUUGUACCUUAGUCAGCCAGGGAAAAGGGAUAUUAUUAGUGUGGAUUUACGUCCCUCAGAUGCCAUUAAUGUUGCAAAUAAAUGCAAGGCUCCAAUAUAUGUAAGUAAAGAAAUUGUUUUCACAGAUGCUAUAAGACUCAGCUAUGGACUUGGAAGAGUGCAAAAUAAAAAGGCUAUUUAUGAUGUAUUACUUGACAGUCCCACCGAAGGUCCAGAUUCUGUAGCUCAAGAACUAAGUAUGAUGCAUAAUAUGCAUUUAGCCAUCAAACAUGAAAGAUUCAAAGACGCAGCUAUAUGGAGAGACAAACUUGAAGAUAUUCGUAAAUCAUCUCAGGAGCACUAA